GCGUGAUUCAUCACUCCAGAGAACGCGUUUCCAAUGCUUCAUAGUCCAAUGACCGCAAGCUUUACACCACCCCAGCCGAUUCUUGGCAUUGUGCAUGGUGAUCUUAGGCUUGUGUGCAGCUGCUCGGCCAUGGAAGCCCAUUUCAUGAAGCUCCUGACAAACAGUUCUUGUGCGGACGUUGCUUCCAGAGACAGUUUGGAACUCGGUAGUGAGUGUUGCAACCGAGGACAGACGAUUUUUCGGUCCCGUUCUGUGAGCUUGUGUGGCCUACCUCUUCACGGCUGAGCCCUUUCCACUUCACAAUAACAACACUUACAGUUGACCGGGGCAGCUGUAGCAGGGAAGACAUUUGACAAACGGACUUCUUUUUUCUUCCCUAUGAAGGUAUAUAAAGUGCAGGUAUACUGUCAGUUUGAACCAGAAGGCGCUAAGGUGUUGUGAUGGGGUUAGAUUCAGCUAUUUGUUUUAUGGCAGUAAGGUGUGGAACUAGAUUGCUAUAGGCUUGUGUUCCACUUCCAGUAAUGUACUAUAGUAAUAAAAUGCAUUCCAGGUUUGUAUUACGAGAGAGAGAGAGAGAGAGACCCCCAAAAUACUAAAAUAAUGAUUUUCCAGAGAAGAUCCAGAUCUCAGGGAAUUAGACCAAAGUUCUCAAUUUGUACACAAUAUAUAGAGUACUGCACACACUACAAUUACUUAGGUUUAAAAAUAAGCUCAACUGGACACCUUAAUGAAGCAGUGAAUGAACUGAGAGAGAAAGCACGCAGGGCAUUCUACGCCAUUAAAAAGCAAAUUCAAAUUGAAAUACCUAUUAAAAUUUGUCUAAAACUAAUUGCAUAUGUCAUUGAACCAAUUGCACUUUAUGGCAGCGAAGUGUGGGGUCCACUUGCAAAACAAGAUUUCAUGAAAUGGGACAAACACUCCAUUGAAACCCUGCAUGCAGAGUUCUGUAAGAUUCUCCUACAUGUCCAGAGGAAAACUACAAACAAUGCAUGCAGGGCAGAAUUAGGCCAAUAUCCACUAAUAAUAAAAACUCAAAAAAGAGCAAUUAAGUUUUGGAAACUGUCUAAAAUACAGUGACCCCCUCUCAUAUCAUUACCAAGCCCUGCAAUGCCAAGAGCUGAGCAAAGAAAAGAGUCCCCUCAUCCAGCUGGUCCUGGGGCUGAGUUCACAAACCUGUUCUACUAACACACUGAAGCCUCAGGACCAGAACAUCCAAUCAAUCAGAAUAAACCAAAUUACAACACAGUCAAAACAAAACGACAUUGCUUAUUGGGAAACACAAGCACAAACACAAAGCAAAAUGCAGUGCUAUCUGGCCCUAAAUCGACAGUACACUGUGGCUAAAUAUUUGACCAUGGUUACUGAUCAAAACCUUAGAAAAACCUUGACAAAGCACAGGCUCAGUGAGCACAGCCUUGCCAUUGAGAAGGGUAGACGCAGGAAAACCUGGCUCCCUGUAGAGGAAAGGCUGUGCAACCACUGCACAACAGCAGAACCUGAGACUGAGCUGCAUUUCCUGACAAAAUGUAAAAAAUAUAAAACAAUUAGAGAGUGUCAUUUCCCCAAAUUUGAAACCCUUAUUCAAGGUUUCAAAGACCUCUCUGAUGAGGAUAGGCUACCCGUCCUGCUGGGGGAGGACGCAGAGAGCUGUGGGUUGGCAGCGCACUACAUUGCUGCCUGCCAUAAGUUGAGGGACAGUGUCUGACAGACCAAUCAACCUGCACAUGUCCUCUACUGUAUGCUUAUUGUUAUUGUUGAAUGUAUGGCAUGCUAUACUGCAAGACUCGUUGGCUCCACUUCAAAUUGUUUGUUGGACACAGUGGCUCCUUAAUGCAGUUUGUGUGUUUUACUCUGGAGUCAGCGUGGUAGAAGUUAUCUAGCAGUGCUGUGAGGACGAUGUUUUGGAGUUUCUCUCUACUCGUGUUCUCUCUCUCUCCCCUCUCUCUGCUCAUGUACUCUCGCUCUCUCCUCUCUCUGCUCAUGUACUCUCUCUCUCUCCCCUCUCUCUGCUCAUGUGUUCUCUCUCUUUCUCCCCUCUCUCUGCUCAUGUACUCUCUCUCUUUCCCGUCUCUCUGCUCAUGUGUUCUCUCUUUCCCUCCCCUCUCUCUGCUCAUGUGUUCUCUCUCUCUCCCCUCUCUCUGCUCAUGUACUCUCUCUCUCUCCCCUCUCUCUGCUCAUGUACUCUCUCUCUCUCCCCUCUCUCUGCUCAUGUACUCUCGCUCUCUCCUCUCUCUGCUCAUGUACUCUCUCUCUCUCCCCUCUCUCUGCUCAUGUGUUCUCUCUCUUUCUCCCCUCUCUCUACUCAUGUACUCUCUCUCUCUCCCGUCUCUCUGCUCAUGUGUUCUCUCUUUCCCUCCCCUCUCUCUGCUCAUGUGUUCUCUCUCUCUCCCCUCUCUCUGCUCAUGUACUCUCUCUCUCUCCCCUCUCUCUGCUCAUGUACUCUCUCUCUCCCCUCUCUCUGCUCAUGUACUCUCGCUCUCUCCUCUCUCUGCUCAUGUACUCUCUCUCUCUCCCCUCUCUCUCCUCAUGUACUCUCUCUCUCUCCCCUCUCUCUGCUCAUGUACUAUCUCUCUCUCCCGUCUCUCUGCUCAUGUGUUCUCUCUUUCCCUCCCCUCUCUCUGCUCAUGUGUUCUUUCUCUCUCCCCUCUCUCUGCUCAUGUACUCUCUCUCUCUCCCCUCUCUCUGCUCAUGUACUCUCUCUCUCUCCCCUCUCUCUGCUCAUCUACUCUCGCUCUCUCCUCUCUCUGCUCAUGUACUCUCUCUCCCCUAUCUCUGCUCAUGUGUUCUCUCUCUUUCUCCCCUCUCUCUGCUCAUGUACUCUCUCUCUCUCCCGUCUCUCUGCUCAUGUGUUCUCUCUUUCCCUCCCCUCUCUCUGCUCAUGUGUUCUCUCUCUCUCCCCUCUCUCUGCUCAUGUACUCUCUCUCUCUCCCCUCUCUCUGCUCAUGUACUCUCUUUCUCCCCUCUCUCUGCUCAUCUUCUCUCGCUCUCUCCUCUCUCUGCUCAUGUACUCUCUCUCUCUCCCCUCUCUCUGCUCAUGUACUAUCUCUCUCUCCCCUCUCUCUGCUCAUGUACUCUCGCUCUCUCCUCUCUCUGCUCAUGUACUCUCUCUCUCUCCCCUCUCUCUGCUCAUCUACUCUCGCUCUCUCCUCUCUCUGCUCAUGUACUCUCUCUCUCCCCUCUCUCUGCUCAUGUGUUCUCUCUCUUUCUCCCCUCUCUCUGCUCAUGUACUCUCUCUCUCUCCCGUCUCUCUGCUCAUGUGUUCUCUCUUUCCCUCCCCUCUCUCUGCUCAUGUGUUCUCUCUCUCUCCCCUCUCUCUGCUCAUGUACUCUCUCUCUCUCCCCUCUCUCUGCUCAUGUACUCUCUUUCUCCCCUCUCUCUGCUCAUGUACUCUCGCUCUCUCCUCUCUCUGCUCAUGUACUCUCUCUCUCUCCCCUCUCUCUGCUCAUGUACUCUCUCUCUCUCCCCUCUCUCUGCUCAUGUACUCUCGCUCUCUCCUCUCUGCUCAUGUACUCUCUCUCUCUCCCCUCUCUCUGCUCAUGUGUUCUCUCUCUUUCUCCCCUCUCUCUGCUCAUGUACUCUCUCUCUCUCCCGUCUCUCUGCUCAUGUGUUCUCUCUUUCCCUCCCCUCUCUCUGCUCAUGUGUUCUCUCUCUCUCCCCUCUCUCUGCUCAUGUACUCUCUCUCUCUCCCCUCUCUCUGCUCAUGUACUCUCUCUCUCCCCUCUCUCUGCUCAUGUACUCUCACUCUCUCCUCUCUCUGUUCAUGUACUCUCUCUCUCUCCCCUCUCUCUCCUCAUGUACUCUCUCUCUCUCCCCUCUCUCUGCUCAUGUACUAUCUCUCUCUCCCGUCUCUCUGCUCAUGUGUUCUCUCUUUCCCUCCCCUCUCUCUGCUCAUGUGUUCUUUCUCUCUCCCCUCUCUCUGCUCAUGUACUCUCUCUCUCCCCUCUCUCUGCUCAUGUACUCUCUCUCUCUCCCCUCUCUCUCCUCAUCUACUCUCGCUCUCUCCUCUCUCUGCUCAUGUACUCUCUCUCCCCUCUCUCUGCUCAUGUGUUCUCUCUCUUUCUCCCCUCUCUCUGCUCAUGUACUGUCUCUCUCUCCCGUCUCUCUGCUCAUGUACUCACUCUCUCUCCCAUCUCUCUGCUCAUGUGUUCUCUCUCUCUCCCCUCUCUCUGCUCAUGUGUUCUCUCUCUCUCUCCCCUCUGCUCAUGUACUCUCUCUCUCCCCUCUCUCUGCUCAUGUACUCUCUCUCUCCCCUCUCUUUGCUCAUGUACUCUCUCUCUCUCCCCUCUCUCUGCUCAUGUGUUCUCUCUCUCUCCCUUCUCUCUGCUCAUGUGUUCUCUCUCUCCCCCCCUCUCUGCUCAUGUGUUCUCUCUCUCACCCCCCCUCUCUGCUCAUGUACUCUCUCUCUCUCUCUCCCCCCUCUCUCUGCUCAUGCACUCUCUCUCUCUCCCCUCUCUCUGCUCAUGUGUUCUCUCUCUCUCCCCUCUCUCUGCUCAUGUGUUCUCUCUCUCUCCCCUCUCUCUGCUCAUGUGUUCUCUCUCUCUCCCAUCUGUCUGCUCAUGUGUUCUCUCUCUACUCAUGUGUUCUCUCUCUCUCUCCUCUUUCUGCUCAUGUCCUCUCUCUCCUCUCUCUGCUCAUGUGUUCUCUCUCUCUCUCCUCUCUCUGCUCAUGUACUCUCUCUCUCUCCUCUCUCUGCUCAUGUGUUCUCUCUCUCUCCUCUCUCUGCUCAUGUGUUCUCUCUCUCUCUCCUCUCUCUGCUCAUGUGUUCUCUCUCUCCUCUCUCUGCUCAUGUGUUCUCUCUCUCCUCUCUCUGCUCAUGUACUCUCUCUCUCCUCUCUCUGCUCAUGUACUCUCUCUCUCUCCCCUCUCUCUGCUGUGUGUUAUCCUUCUCUCCCCUCUCUCUUCUCAUCAGAAAGGGAGAGAGAGAGAAACAUUGAAAGAUAGAUCAAGUUUCUUUCUCUCUCCCGUAGAGAUAUGCUAUCUGACCCACUGGCCCUGUUACAUGAGGCUUACAUUCUGCUCUCCCUCCCUCUCCUCCCCCCUCUCCUUUUCCAUCUCUCUUUUUUCUCCUUACGUUUCUCUCUCUCUCCCCCUCACUCCCCUUCUUUUGUUCUCUUUCUCCUUUCCCUUCUCUCCCUCUUACUCUCCAUCUUUCUCUCUUUCUUUCUUUCUUUCUCUCUCUUUUUAGAUCUCUCUCUCUCUUGUCCUGUAUUAGCUAUGUCAUCCCAUUAGUUCUGUGGUGUAGGGGAUUGGGUACUGUGUCAGCACAAAGACAUGCUUCCUUUGUAAAAUAGAUAAAUGAAAAGCUAUUAUUUUUCUGGACUCCCUAUAGAAAAUCUAUUAUAUUUACAUAGUCACUCAUGUACACACAUUCAUGCACACAUGCAAACACAUACACACACCUCACACUUUCUUAUGAGAAAAUCCCACGACCAGAACUGCAAUGUGCUCAGCCAGGAUCUGAACGAGUUGUGUAAUCAAUCAGUGUGUGUAUGUGCAUUUGAGAGAGAUGUAAGACCUAGCACUUAAAGGGGAUAAUUCCAGCUGAGGAUGGCAGACAGUAAAGGCUUAAUCUCUUCAAAGCAAAUUAGGAGCGAGUUUGGGAAACCCUCCUAUAGGGAACACACACAGAGAAUCCUCUCACUGUAUAUGACUCAACACACUCUUCCAGGUACUCUGUGUGUUAAUCCAUCUCUCAACACCAAAUCUAGAUAUUUUGGGGAAAAUUAUGAUUUAUUCAUUGUGGACUGGUUUUAACAGCCAGAUAACUAUGUGUGUCUUAGUCUCUGUGUGUGUGUGUCUUAGUCUCUGUGUGUGUGUGUCUCAGUCUCUCUGUGUGUGUGUGUGUGUGUGUGUGUGUGUGUGUGUGUGUGUGUGUGUCUCAGUCUCUCUCUGUGUGUGUGUGUGUCUCAGUCUCUCUCUGUGUGUGUGUGUGUCUCAGUCUCUCUCUGUGUGUGUGUGUGUCUCAGUCUCUCUGUGUGUGUGUGUCUCAGUCUCUCUGUGUGUGUGUGUCUCAGUCUCUCUGUGUGUGUGUGUGUCUCAGUCUCUGUGUGUGUGUGUCUCAGUCUCUGUGUGUGUGUGUCUCAGUCUCUCUGUGUGUGUGUGUGUCUCAGUCUCUCUGUGUGUGUGUGUGUCUCAGUCUCUCUGUGUGUGUGUGUGUCUCAGUCUCUCUGUGUGUGUGUGUGUGUGACUCAGUCUCUCUGUGUGUGUGGCUCAGUCUCUCUGUGUGUGUGUGUCUCAGUCUCUGUGUGUGUGUGUGUGUCUCAGUCUCUGUGUGUGUGUGUGUGACUCAGUCUCUGUGUGUGUGGCUCAGUCUCUCUGUGUGUGUGGCUCAGUCUCUCUCUGUGUGUGUGUGUGACUCAGUCUCUGUGUGUGUGUGUCUCAGUCUCUGUGUGUGUGUGUCUCAGUCUCUCUGUGUGUGUGUGUGUGUCUCAGUCUCUCUGUGUGUGUGUGUGUCUCAGUCUCUCUGUGUGUGUGUGUGUGUGACUCAGUCUCUCUGUGUGUGUGGCUCAGUCUCUCUGUGUGUGUGUGUCUCAGUCUCUGUGUGUGUGUGUGUGUCUCAGUCUCUGUGUGUGUGUGUGUGACUCAGUCUCUGUGUGUGUGGCUCAGUCUCUCUGUGUGUGUGGCUCAGUCUCUCUCUGUGUGUGUGUGUGACUCAGUCUCUGUGUGUGUGUGUCUCAGUCUCUGUGUGUGUGUGUCUCAGUCUCUCUGUGUGUGUGUGUGUGUCUCAGUCUCUCUGUGUGUGUGUGUGUCUCAGUCUCUCUGUGUGUGUGUGUGUGUGACUCAGUCUCUCUGUGUGUGUGGCUCAGUCUCUCUGUGUGUGUGUGUCUCAGUCUCUGUGUGUGUGUGUGUGUCUCAGUCUCUGUGUGUGUGUGUGUGACUCAGUCUCUGUGUGUGUGGCUCAGUCUCUCUGUGUGUGUGGCUCAGUCUCUCUCUGUGUGUGUGUGUGACUCAGUCUCUGUGUGUGUGUGUCUCAGUCUCUGUGUGUGUGUGUCUCAGUCUCUCUGUGUGUGUGUGUGUGUCUCAGUCUCUCUGUGUGUGUGUGUGUCUCAGUCUCUCUGUGUGUGUGUGUGUGUGACUCAGUCUCUGUGUGUGUGGCUCAGUCUCUCUGUGUGUGUGUGUCUCAGUCUCUGUGUGUGUGUGUGUCUCAGUCUCUGUGUGUGUGUGUCUCAGUCUCUCUGUGUGUGUGUGUGACUCAGUCUCUGUGUGUGUGGCUCAGUCUCUCUGUGUGUGUGGCUCAGUCUCUCUCUGUGUGUGUGUGUGACUCAGUCUCUGUGUGUGUGGCUCAGUCUCUCUGUGUGUGUGGCUCAGUCUCUCUGCGUGUGUGUCUCUAUCAGAGCAGAUGCAAUCACAUGUUCUUGUUCCAGCAAGUAGCAAGUACAUACACACACACACACUCACACACAAGCGUGACUCCCAAACACAACUCCUACUUAGGGAAUUCGGAGCUGAAAGUGUUUUGAAUGAUUGUUUACACAGUUAUGUGUUCUCUCUCUCUAACCAAACUACAGACAACAUAAACAGCUUGUAGAAAACCCAAGGCACAGCUUGUCUUUCCCAGCUCUGACACGGGCUACAGUCCACUGACAAGAUGCUACAUGCCUGCUCCGUGUGUGUGUUUAGUAAGUUGUUCAGUAAUUCUCUAUAUAUAUAUAUAUAUAUAUAUAUAUAUAUAUAUAUAUAUAUAUAUAUAGAGAGAGAGAGAGAGAGAGAGAGAGAGAGAGAGAGAGAGAGAGAGAGAGAGAGAGACAGAGAGAGAGAGACAGAGAGAGAGAGACAGAGAGAGAGAGACAGAGAGAGAGACAGAGACAGAGACAGAGACAGAGACAGAGACAGAGACAGAGACAGAGACAGAGACAGAGACAGAGACAGAGACAGAGACAGAGAGACAGAGACAGAGACAGAGACAGAGACAGAGACAGAGACAGAGACAGAGACAGAGACAGAGACAGAGACAGAGACAGAGAGACAGAGAGACAGAGAGACAGAGAGACAGAGAGACAGAGAGACAGAGAGACAGAGAGACAGAGAGACAGAGAGACAGAGAGAGAGAGAGAGAGAGAGAGAGAGAGAGAGAGAGAGAGAGAGAGAGAGAGAGAGAGAGAGAGAGAGAGAGAGAGAGAGAGAGAGAGAGAGAGAGAGAGAGAGACAGAGAGAGACAGAGACAGAGACAGAGACAGAGACAGAGACAGAGACAGAGACAGAGACAGAGACAGAGACAGAGACAGAGACAGAGACAGAGACAGAGACAGAGACAGAGACAGAGACAGAGACAGAGAGACAGAGAGACAGAGAGACAGAGAGACAGAGAGACAGAGAGACAGAGAGACAGAGAGACAGAGAG